GCGCGCACAUCCCUCUACGCGUUUCAACCGGUUGCGCGCCGGUUUCAUCAGGAGGCAAACUGCUAAACCUGUCUCUCGGCUCGAUCAUCACUUGUUGUGUAUGGUGGCGCGGUCCAUAUAGUCGACCACCAGAAGCGCGACUCUUGGCUGCGUACGUACUGCAGGUGGAGGAAAGGUCAGGUAUCGGAGAAGAAGGGUAGACAUAGCCAGCGAGUUCAGUGCUUGAUUAUGCAUCAUUGAGUUAAAAUUGGUUAAGUACUUGAAAGUUAAACUUGAGCAAUCGACGGAAAGAGUUGACUCUAGGCUGUCACCAUGAAUAACGCCGACGUGCAUCGCGUGCUCAACAUCCUAGAGGAGGCUCUAGACAUGACAAGAUGGAUGUCACAUGUGACGAAGCCGUUGUUGGACGCGGCCGAGGAGCUCCAGAGCGUUGUCGGCUUGGAUAUCACCAAUGGACUCAUUGAGCACCGGGAAGCUCUUGAAGAAUUGCUGAAUGAUCCGUCACAAGGUGCACUGGUGGAGGCCACAACACGGUUCUUAUGCCGAGCCUUUCGGAUCAUGUCCAUCGUGCACAAGCAUCUGAUGACAACAGUGGAGGAAGAGAAUUCCAUGAAAGCAUACCAUGAAGAGAUUGCACGGCGGGAAGAGAAGGCUGCAAAAGAGCAUCAGACGCUGGAGCAGCAGCUGCGCUUGGAGCGGAGAGAGCGUGGCAAAAUCAUCAACAAGUUGGAGAAUGCUGAAAAACGGGCACGAGAUGAAAUAGAAAAUGUGAAGGCCCUGGCUCUGGCAGCUGCAAAGAAGCUGGAAGACGACUUCCGCACUAUGGAAGAGCUUGAGACCAAGAAGUACAGGGAAAAGGAGGGAGCUCUACUGGCAGAUCUCACAGCUUCCAAGGAAGAUCUCGACGUCCUCCAGAAUGAAGACCGAGAUGCAGAGGCGCUGUUGCGGCUGAAACGAGUGUCAACGGAGGAGGAGGUUGUCGAUUGGCUGACAGAAUAUGACAAAGAUAUGUACCAGUUUCAAGAACAAUUCGAGGAAGAAUUGGAGUCGUAUAACGAAAAGAGAAAACAACUGGAGUUUUUGAAAGAUUAUUACCAUAAGAUCGAGAUGGAGGAGGCAAGACGCCGUGCAGAGGAAGAGAGACUAGCUGAACUCCGGAGGGGUAGGAGACGCCGACGUAGAAAGGGCGGGAAAACGCCGAGGACGCCGAGGAGUGCGCGAAGCGGAAAGAGCCAAAGGAAUGCCAAGAGUCCUAAAAGACCCCGCAGCGCAAAGAGCGCCACAAGUGCCAAGAGCGCCAAGAGCGCCAAGAGCGCCAAGAGUGGCAAGAGUCGCAAGAGUCGCAAGAGUCGCAAGAGUGCCAGGGCCUCGAAAUCGCCCAAGACACCACAAACCACGAAAACCCCAAGGACUCCUGGAACAGCCCAAUCUGGUGGCGUCAACACCCCACAGACUCCCGCUCAGGGAACCCCCCAAAGCGAGAAGCGCCCGAGUACAUCUCAACCACCCCCCAACCCCUCUGACACAAUAGCAACACCCACAAGCCUGAAUCCUUCCAGCGCCUCCAAGACCGACACCCCAGCUAGCUAGGGCACAUUCCUAUUCUCUUAUCACCCCUUUUUGUUCCGCAUUACUUUUCCUCAAUUCCCCAUUUUGUCCCCCAUUUCCUCUCUUCAACGCCCCAUUUUGUCACUGGGGAAGGGCUAAAAUAACCUUUCACUCUUACCCCCACCCUCCUCUUUCUCCUCUUUCUUACCCCCACCCUCCUCAAUUCCCAAUUUUAUCCCCCAUUCCUCUCUUCAACGCCCCAUUUCGUCACUGGGGAAGGGCCAGAAUAGCCUUUCACUCU